GUCUGUUGUACAAAAACGAUUCGUUCAUCAAUUCAUAUUCUUGUUAUGAAACAGCACUGCGAACAUCAGCGAGUCGUGUUGGAGAAAAAUGAACUUGACUAACUCAACUUCCUAUGGCGACACAUAUUAUUUGAUUUUAUAUGGAAAAGGCGUAAACGUUUGGAUGAUCACGAUUAUAAUUCCUGCUAUAUUUUUUAUAGCAGCAACAUACAUCAUGGUUAUGUUAAUCAUUGAAAUGUGCUCUACUGGGAUUGGGUUGCAUGGAUCUAAAAGUGUAGGAGAACGAUUAGGUCUUUUCAUACACCCAUUGAGGCAACAUCAGGUUGUUGUCGGCCGCGCUGCUGAUAACUUGACACCAGUGUUGAAAAGAGCGUUCUACACAUCUCUGGUUUGCUGCGCAAGUGAUACUGCAGCUUCAGUCGUAGGAGCGACGAUGGGAGGGACCAUUAUGCCCACUGCUUUGACAAUGAGUUUAUUUGCGAACCUUGCGAUGAUAGUAGUGAGUUUUACAGAGUGGAAAAAAUCUCUUUUUCCGUACUGGUAAUAUUUCUCGAGUACAACAACGUCAUGCUCCUGUGAUAACGUGAACCAAAUCAUUGAAUUUGCCAUUUUCGAAUCUGAUUUAUACUGCGUCGUACGAAGCAUAUACUUGCACCAAUAUAUCUCAACUGACCCAAACUCAAGACUGCAUGCACCAUCUAUUUUUUGAUCGACUGUUUCAAGGUUGCUCUCUGUUUUACAGUGUUAAAACCGCAUAAUAGCUUGCAAUUCAUAUAUAUAUAUAUACAAAAGAUUAUCAGAUUUAAAUUCAACCAUCUACAUUCAACAAGGACUGCUAUAUGAGGAAAGUUUUUCAGCAGCACUGCGUACAGAAUACGUGAGAAAAGAUGCACUCACAAAUUUGUGCACUCGAUAAAUAUAUUUAACAGACUGGGGGAACUGUGAAAUAACGAAAAAAAAAGAUAUUUUUUAUUUAAAUAAUGAAUUAGUGUGAGUGUUGUGAUAUAAAAAUGUUAUGUUGUCGUAAGAAAUAUAAUUUUGUUUUUUGAUUGCACUGCUUUACAUAAGCUAUACAGUA